AGGAUAGAUUCACUGAUUUGUGAGGUGUAUUCUCACGCCAAUGCCGAGGUCAUAGGUUAGAAAAUCUAGUACGUAAAACUGAAGGAAACGCCCAAAAACAGACGCGUCCCUCUUUCACACAUCUGUUCAAUCUGCCAGGUCCAAGGACACACCUAGACGUCUUGGUCUUAAGAAAGUCCUGUCUUGUUGAAGAGUACUAGAAAGGGAAAUCCAAAAUGCCGAUCUUGUCGAAUUCGUGUUGCGGUUGCUGCGACCUGAGGACAGGGUCAGUUGUGGUUGGUGCAAUCUGUCUGAACAAUGCCGUCAUAGCCUUCCUGUAUGCCCUGGCUACUAAUGAAGGACUGGGAAAUCCAUCCGGGUGGUCUGCAUGGGUGACCCUCAUCUUGGAGAUCAUCUUCCUCGUAGCGUGCGUCCUUCUGCUUUUGGGCGUCAAAAAGGGGAAUCUGACGUUCAUGAAGAUCUGGCUGGUGAUCGCGAUCAUCCUAGUGAUUUGGGAGAUCGUGCAGAUCAUUGUUCGCAGCGUCCAAGUGGCCACCAAUGAAGGGUUUGGAGAGGCCCUUGCCCAAGCACUCGGGGUUAACUGGGUCCUGACACUGAUCUUCAUCGGAGUAAAGAUCUAUGGCAUCCUUGUGGUGUAUUCCUACACCCAGACAGCCACUGUCGUAGGAUGAAAAGGAUCAAAUUUGAACAACAAAAAACACAAUGACACAAUGUGUAGUGUAUCUUACUUCAUCUUUAGCAAUACAAAAGCCUAUCAAUGCGAGUUGCGCGCUAAAGUUAAACUUGCGUUAUAACACAUGAAAGGCACUGCUAUAGACAUGCCAUGUGCUGCAUUGGAAGCUAAGGUCAAGCGAGAUUUACGUAAUAAACCAGCAGUAUUAUAAAGCUAGUCUUAUUAGUAACUUUGCAAGUUACAACGGUGAUAGAUUGGUAAUGUGAAACGUGCAUUGUAAAGCGUUUACGCCAGGUGUCGCUGUUGAGACGUGCAACCAUGUUUUAUUUAUGUUUAUCUAUUUAUUGGUUUGGCUGUCCAGCACGUAAAGUCAGGGUUGCCCAACUAACCUGUGGCUAUUACAAAAGGGCUAGCCCUGCUGACAACAACAUAAACAACACAAAUUGGAUUUAACAAGGACAGGAUAAGUAUCAACAAGGAUAUUUUAAAAAAAAAACUAUUAUUAUAUUGAUAUUGAUAUGCAACCCUAUUCACCAAGCAGGUGAAUCAUAUGAACUUAACGUUCAAUUAUUCGGAGAUCUCAUAUCAUAUUGCCGAUUUGUAUUGUAAAUGUGUUAAAAUAGAUAGUUCAUAUGAAUAGUUAUGAAUAGUCACUUAUGUUAGAAUGAUUUAGACAUAGACUGGUACAAAUGCACCAAGCGUUAACAGUCAAUUUGUAAUGAGUUUUAUUGCUGAACAUCACUACGUCAUUUUAUCCUACAGCGUCACUCUCUACACAUGGUUUUGUGUGUGACUUUCAGACUCAUUUUUAUCAACUCUGUUUUAGUUGAUGAUAUCUAUGUAAUUGUAUGCUUACUCAUGCUGCAUUAUUGGAAAUAAUGCAAUCGUACUCGUAAAUAAUAAGUAAUCGUACAUGGCGAAGAGAUGCUGUUGCAGUUACAAUCAUGCAACCCGUAACCUUGAGUGGCCUUCAGGUCUUGUUACGUGGUGACCAUUAAGUAAAAAAAACUAGUUGUGCACAUGUCCGGGUCUAUCGAGGUUUGCUUAAACGCCAUGUUAACUUUAUAGCACAUUGUUGUUUUGAUCAUUGAGGUGAAAAGGAAUAAAGAAGUAAUUGGUGUA